AUAAAAAAAGUUGAUAUCAACAAGUGCUUACGUCCCCUAAAGUGUUAUAGAGAAGUGAUUAAAUUCGACACAAGUCGAUGAAAAAUAAUCUUUUAAACGGAGGAAAAAGUAUAAAUUUAACGCACCGAGCAGAAGCAAAAGCGAAAAGUUAGGCAAAUCGAGCGCCCACGCAGCACCGUUUUUGCCAGAGCUUGAAGUUAUCCCACGUAAAAUAACGCGGGCGCACGCGAAAGAUCGCGCACCAAAACACCAUCCGCACGCAUCGGCCCAGAACGUUGUUGCUAUUUCCCAAUUCAAAUAGCAAUUGGUACAACUCCUCUAUCCGAAAAGGGAACAAACCCAGGGCAAGGUGCUGAAAAAUCGAAAUCCCACCAACUGAUCCCGGUAGAAUUCGCCAGCUGGCUGACUUGUGCAUCGCCUCAUACUCGAACGAGACGCCCCCGAAACAUCAGCAGCAGACAGCAACAGUCUAAAUUCUCCACCUCAAACUGUUGAAACUAGCUUAGCAUCGUCCCAUUCACUGCUGACCUAAGUUAAAAGCAUCAAAAUUGAUCGUCAGCCAGGAACAGCCUUAUUCGAUAAAAGAUAUCCAUCCAUAUACACAAAAACAACAACUAAAAACGACAACCUACUCGCUAAGGUAGCAAAAAAGAUAAUAAUUAUUCGAAAAGAAGAAAAAAAACGCACCAAACAACAAUAUCGCAAGCCAAACGACAAUCGAAACGUAGACAAAUAUUUUACAACAAACAACGAAAGUUAAUCUUUGCCCGGGAAUAUAGAUAAAAAAAAACAUCCAGAAAUCAACGAACGAAUUAUUCCUUUUGUAUUGCUGUUGUGUUCAACUCAACAACAUCGAAAGAAGACAUCGGAGACGAGGCCACAACUGAUUGAUUUGCAGUCACUUUCGGGAAGUGCCGUUCCCGAACCGUAGCCGUCGUUUGUCGCUGCCAGCAGCAGGAACGUCGUCAUCAUUUUUACCACAGUGUAACCAUCAGCAUGUCCACAUUGUCGCUCAGGAUCAGUCUGGAGGGCGGUCGUGUCACAAAGACGAUCCAGUUUGACCCGAACACCACCGUCUUCGAUGCCUGCCGGAUCAUCAAGGACAAAUUCGCCGAGGCCGUCCUGGGCCAGGCCCAGGAGUUUGGCCUGUUCCUAGCCGAUGAAGAUACGCGCCAGGGCGUUUGGCUGGAGCCGGCCCGCAAUCUCGGCUACUAUCUGCUGAGGAACCACGAUGUGCUCGAGUACCGGAGGAAGCACCGGAACCUUCGGGUGCGCAUGUUGGACGGGGCCAUCAAAACGAUUCUGGUCGAUGAUUCGCAGCCCGUGUCGCAGCUCAUGGUGGUUAUCUGUACCAAAAUCGGUAUCACGAACCACGAAGAGUAUGGGCUGGUCCGUGAAGAUCCGGAAUCCCAAAAUGAAAACCUUCCGGACAACAAGUCCAGCACCGGAACGCUCACCCUGAGGCGCAAGGUUGCCGAGAAAGAUCGGGAUGCGAAGAUGGAAAGUCUUCGCAAAAAGCUGCGUACCGAUGACGAGAUCAACUGGGUCGAUGUUGGAAAAACUCUCCGGGAGCAGGGUAUCGACGAGUCGGAAACGGUCCUCCUCAGGCGAAAGUUCUUCUACUCGGAUCAGAACAUCGAUUCGCGGGAUCCGGUGCAGCUGAAUUUGCUGUACGUGCAGGCAAGGGAUGCCAUCCUGGACGGAACCCAUCCCGUUACCCAGGAGAAAGCUUGCGAGUUUGCCGGAAUCCAGGUGCAGAUCCAGUUCGGUGACUACAACGAAGCGAAACAUAAGCCGGGAUUUUUGGACUUGCGUGAAUUCCUGCCCAACUCGUACGUCCGGGUGAAGAACAUCGAGAAGAAAAUUUUCGCUGAACAUCGACGCCACGUUGGUCUGUCAGAUCUGGACGCCAAGUAUCUGUACACGAAAACGGCCCGGGAACUUCCCACCUAUGGGGUGACCUUCUUCCUGGUCAAAGAGAAAAUGACCGGAAAAAACAAGCUGGUCCCCCGGCUGCUCGGAGUUACCAAAAGCUCCGUCCUUCGAUUGGACGAACAUACCAAGGAAAUCCUCAAGACCUGGCCCCUGACUACGGUGCGCCGCUGGGGUGCUUCUCCGAAUACCUUCACCCUGGAUUUCGGUGACUAUGCCGAUCAGUACUACUCGGUCCAGACGACAGAAGCCGAACAGAUCGUCCAGCUGAUUGCCGGGUAUAUUGACAUCAUUCUGAAGAAGAAACAGGCCAAGGACCAUUUCGGAAUCGAGGGCGACGAGGGAUCGACCAUGGUGGAGGAAAGCGUAGCCCCGUCCAAGGCCACAUUUUUGCAACACGAGGAAACGACUCCCUCCGGAAAGGUUGAGACCCAGUCGAUUGCCAAACCGGCCGUCAUGCGCGGAUUUGAUGGCGAACGUCCAUAUGGCACCGGAGAAAUGCAAUCCAUGCAAUACGGAGCCAUUGUUGGCCAAGUCAAUUUGGCACAUCAACCGCCCAUGUUGCAACAAACACGCAUCAGCACUGUGCUAUCGGAGCCGCAGCGUGCCCUUGUUGGCUACAUUUCGGCCGGUCAGGAAGCCCUGAACCGAGCUGAAGAGGACUUGAAAACCAAGGAACAGCUUCCGCCUCUCGGAACGGAUCCGGGUUCACUGAAAUGGCGUGAAGAAACCCUCGAUACGUCCAAGCAAACCGUGACCACUCACUUGGCCACGAUGAAUGCUGCCACGGCUCAGGUGGUCACAGCUUCGCAGCCGGAUGAAAUCGAUCACGAUGCUGUCGGAGCGGCCGUUUCACAGAUCACUCAAAGCAUCCCGGAAGUCACUAAGGAGGUGCGCUUGAUAGCCGCUCUCAUGGAUGACGAUUGUACCGGCGAUAAGUUGUUGGAGGCAACCAGGAAGCUGUGCUCGGCCUUCAGCGAUCUGCUCAAAUCGGCUGAACCGGAAAGCAAGGAACCUCGACAGAACUUGUUGAAUGCUGCUAGCCGAGUUGGCGAAGCCAGUGGACAGGUGCUCAGUACCAUCGGCGAGGAGAGCAUGGAAAGUCGCGAACUUCACGACAUUCUACUCGGAUUGGCCAAGGCGGUUGCCAACAGUACUGCUGUCCUUGUGUUGAAGGCUAAGUCGAUCGCUGCUGUAACGGAAGACGAGGGAACACGUAACAAAGUGAUCGCUGCCGCAAGUCAGUGUGCCUUGGCCACCAGUCAGCUAGUGGCUUGUGCUCGUGUAGUUGCUCCAACUAUCCAAAGUCCGGCAUGUCGUGAACAACUGGAGGCUGCAGCACGUGAAGUUGCUAAAGCCGUUACCCACUUGGCCGAAGUAUGUAACGAUGCUACCGAUAAUCAACAGCUUCGUGGAGAUUUGAUGGGUGCUGCCAAGGACGUAUCCAAGACGCUUACGGAGCUCCUUGAACACAUUAAGCUGUGCUCUCGUGAAAAAGCUCGUCUCGUCGAUGAAAACCCCAUGGAGGAAGUUCUCGUAGCUACUGAUAUUUUGGUAUCGUCCAGCGAUCCGCAGGAAAUGAUCCGCCAAGCGCAGCAAUUAGGGAAAGCUACCGCUCAGCUCAUUCAAAGCAUCAAGGGAGAAGCCGAACGUCAAGAUGAUUCCAACAUGCAACGAAAGCUUCUGGAGGCAGCUAAGCAACUUGCCGACGCUACCGCUAGAAUGGUUGAAGCUGCUCGUCUUUGCGCUGGUAAUCCACAUGAAUCUGUCCAUCAGGAGACUCUCCGUGUUGCUGCGGAAGAACUUCGCGUGAUCACCACAACGACUGCCAACACACCGGCAAUCAAACGACAGUUGAUACAACGCCUCCAGCAAUGCUCCAAGCAAGCAGCCUCUGCUGCCACUCAGUGCAUUACCGCAGCUCAAAACGCUCUCGUUCACAGUAAUGACCUCCAAACUAAGGAAAUACUCCUCCAAGACUGUCAAUCGGUCGCCGAUCAAAUCCCCCGACUAGUUGCUGGAGUCAAGAACACCAUUUCUCGCCCAGAUGACCCUAACGCUCAAGUUGGACUCAUCGAUGCCGCAGAAAUGUUCUUGGAGCCAGGUGCCCAAGUCGCCCAAUCGGCCCGUGAUCUGCAGCCAACAGUUAUGGACCAAACCGCUUCUCAGCAGUUGUCCCGCUGCGCUCUAAACCUCUCCCAUGCUAUCCACGAUCUUCGUUCUGCCGCGUGCAGAGCUAGGGAAGCAUGUGGUGGUAACGAGCUAGACACCGCACUUCAAGCCGUUCGCAAUCUGCGCAGCGUCUUGAACGACACCCGGCGCGCAGCCCAGGAGGACAAUCUUAGACCACUGCCCGGCGAAACAGCCGACAUUUGCUUCCGUCAGCUAGCCAACGCAAGCAACAACGUCGACUCGUCGCUCUACCAACUGAUGUCAGCUGUCCAGCAGAGUAACCGAACCUACGCAGGCGUUGCGGGAAGAGAUGCUGCCCUGGCCCUGGGAGAAUACACCAAGAGCGUUCGAGGUGUAGUUGCCACCACCAAAAACCCCAUCGUGGUGGAUUGUGCCGAUGAGGUCAUCAUCGAUUCGAUUCGUGUCAUCGAAGAAGCCCAAAAAACCCUUCAAAAUCUAGGAAACCAAGAUCAACUCAUUUCCGCCAUCAAGCAAACCAAAACAUCCUUGGGCAGAACUCUCGAUUGUCUACCAGGUGUCAAAGACAUCAACGAAGCUGUCGAGAACAUGGCUGAUCUUCGUACCAUCUUGGACACCGGUGAGUACCCGCCAUCGAGCCGUACUUACGGACAGCUGCAAAACGAACUCCGGAGCGCUGCCGACACUUUGAACGCUGCCGGAGGACAAGUGGCCCACUCGUACGACAGUUCCAUCAAACUGGCAAACACCAGCCAAGAGUUUUACCACUCGUACAAGGAACUCAUGACCGUCACUUUGGAAAUGGCUGGUCAAACUCCGGAGGAACGUGCCCGGGAGGAAAUUGUGAACUCACUUCGUGGAGUAUCGAACCAAUCGAUGAGUCUGUUGGGAACGGCCAAAUUCGUAGCCGGUGACCCGGACAGGCCGAACGCCAAGAACGAGCUUUCCUCGGCCGCCCGGAUGGUCACCGAAAGCAUCAACCGGCUGGUGGAUGUUUGUACCCAAGCCGCACCAGGGCAGAAGGAGUGUGACAGUGCCAUCCGUAGCAUCGAAUCGCUGAGACCGCUGUUGGAGUCUGCCCAAGAACCGCUGACCGAUCAAGGUUAUUUCGACUGUUUGGAUACGGUGAUGGAGAAAUCACGAACCUUGGGAGACGGGAUGACUGGGAUCGCUAACAAUGCCAAGCUUUCGAAGCAUGUAGAAUUUGGACAUUCGGUAGAUUCGGUUUCGGAUUCAAUUCGUGGAUUGAUUGAGUCAGCGGCUCAAGCUGCCUAUUUGGUUGGAAUUUCCAAUCCGACAAGUGUUGGAGGACGGCCAGGUUUGGUAGAUCAGGCACAGUUUGCCAGGGCUUCUCAGGCUAUUCGUCAGAGUUGUGAAGUUCUAAGGGGACCGGCUUCUUCGCAGCAGCAGGUGUUGUCCGCUGCUACGAUUAUUGCUAAGCAUACAUCUGCUCUUUGUAAUGCCUGUAGGAAUGCGAGCUCAACGACGACCAAUCCGGUCGCUAAGCGUCACUUCGUCCAGGCGGCUAAGGAAGUGGCCAACAGCACCGCCGAUUUGGUGAGAGAAAUCAAAACGCUGGACAAAGACUAUAGUCCAUCGUCUAGAGCUCGGUGCGCCGGUGCAACGGAACCUCUGCUUGAGGCAGUGUCUUCGCUUUGUCAGUUUGCGAACUCCCCAGAGUUCAUUUCCGUGCCGGCUCGUAUUUCUACCGAGGGUCGAAAGGCGCAGGAACCCAUUCUACAGGCAGGUCGAGGAAUUUUGGACGGUGCCGUAGAUAUGGUCAAGACGGCAAAGGUGCUGGCGAUGACUCCCACCGAUCCACCGGUGUGGCAACAGCUGGCUAUUCAUAGCCGCAACGUAUCGGAAAGUAUUAAGAAGCUUGCUUCGAGUAUUCGGGAGAAGGCCCCGGGUCAGUUGCAGUGCGAUCAAGUUCUGGAAGUGUUGAAGACCUGCGCUAGAGAUUUGAACUCAGCCGCUUUGUCGAUUGGUGUUGAUGGGUUGCCUCAGCGAAAGGAAAACAACCUUCAGGGUUUCACCAAUCAGUCGUUGAAUGCCGCUUCGGAGUUGAUCGAUCGUUUGGAGCCGGUUAAGUCAUCGGCUAAGAAGAAUGCUGAAAGUUUGGGUCAUGCUGUCAAUCAGAUCGCGAAGCAUGUUGUUCCAUUGACCAAUGGAGUAAUUGGAGCUUGUUCGCAUGUGGUUCAUUCCGGGCAGCAGACGGUUCUGAUCGACCAGGUUAAGUCGGUGGUUGAAUGUUGCUCUCAGCUGGUGCAGGUCGCGAAGAACGCCGGAGGUAAUCCGAGAGCUUCUCAUUUGCAUCCCGAACUGGACGAAGCUGUUGAAUCUACGCGUGAGGCAAUACAGGAAUUGAACGCUACUGUGGAGCGGCUGUCUACGGAGAAUGGUGUGGUCACGGGAUUGAUGGAGCAGAUCUCUCGUUCCAUGUCUCGUAUAACGGAUAAACGUCAAUCCUUGCUGGGUGCUUCGAUCAACGAUACUUUCGUAGAUUAUCAAACUCGAAUGGUUCAGUCGGCUAAGGAGAUAGCCCGUUAUGCUAACGAGAUCAAUGCCAAGGCAGCGAUCGAUCCUUCCAAGUUGGCUCAGCUGUCGGUCGAGAUGACUCACCAUUACACUCAGCUGGCUCAGGAUUCGAUUGGGGCUUCGGCACUAACCACAUCGCCGGACGUUGCGAUUCGUAUCCGUAAUACGGUCACCGAUCUGGGUCGUUCGGUUAAUGUGCUAAUUCAAUCGACGGCGGGUAUUCGUAAGGAUGACAGUUCCGGAUUGGUGGAAAUUUCUCGCGGAGCCAGAGAUGUUUCGGAGAAGGUUUCGCAGGUGCUUGCUGCGCUGCAGGCUGGAUCGCGAGGAACGCAGGCCUGCAUUAAUGCUUCUAGCACUGUGUCGGCCAUCAUUAGCGAUCUAGAUACAACCAUCAUGUUUGCAACAGCCGGAACUCUGCACUCGGAACAGGAGGGCCGAUUCUCCGACCAUCGGGAGCAUAUUUUGAAGACGGCCAAGGCUCUGGUCGAAGAUACCAAAAUUUUGGUGGCCGGUGCUGCCGGCACCCAAGAUCAGCUGGCGGCUGCCGCUCAGAAUGCUGUUACUACCAUUUUGCAACUGGCGGAAGCGGUCAAACACGGGGCGGCCUCGCUCGGCUCCAACCAGCCGGACUCGCAAGUGAUGGUGAUGAACGCGGUGAAAGAUGUCGCUGCUGCACUCGGUGAGCUAAUCAAUGCUACUAAGCUUGCAUCUGGUAAACCCAUUAACGACCCGGCUAUGAAUGAUUUGAAAGAUAGCGCUAAGGUCAUGGUGAUGAACGUCACCUCAUUGCUGAAAACUGUUAAGGCCGUCGAAGACGAACAUACGCGGGGAACACGGGCAAUGGAAGCUACGGUGGACGCCAUCUCGCAGGAGAUCCGCGGGAUGCAAUUCGCACCGGACAUGCACCGGGCCAGCCUGCAACAACUAUCCCGGCCGGAAGAUCUGAUCAUGGUGACGAAGCACGUAACGGCGGCAACGGCCAAGGCGGUGGCGGCUGGUGCCUCGAAUACACAGGCGGACAUUGCGGCCGCGGCCAAUCUCGGACGGAAAACCAUCUCGGACAUGUUGGCCGUCUGCCGCUCGGUGGCGUGGUCCUGUGCCGAGACUCAGGAGCUGAGGCAGCGAACUCUGGAUGCGGGAUCAGCGGUGGCUAUUGCUUAUCGGGAUUUGUUGGAGGGAAUACUUAGUAACUGUACUGCCGACGAAAGGAUGCAGCUUUCGCGGAGGGUGGCCAAAUGUGUGACGGAUUUGGUUGGAAUGGCACAGCUGUUGAAGGGUUCGGAUUGGGUCGACCCCGAAGAUCCCACGGUUAUAGCCGAAAAUGAACUGCUGGGUGCGGCCGCUUCGAUUGAAGCUGCCGCCAAGAAGCUGGCCAGUUUGCGACCGAGACGACAGGCUGAAGUCAAGGAAGCCGAUGAGAACCUCAACUUUGAUGAAAUGAUCCUGGAAGCGGCCAAGAGCAUCAUGACCGCUUCGUCAGUGCUGGUUCGUGCCGCAAAUGCAGCUCAACGAGAGUUGGUGGACCAAGGAAAGGUAGCACGUCGUCCGUUGACAUCUUCUGACGAUGGCCAGUGGUCUGAGGGAUUAAUAUCGGCUGCCCGAUUGGUGGCUGCUGCAACGCACAGUUUAGUGGAAGCAGCUCAGCAUCUGGUUCAAGGAACUGGCACCGAAGAAAUGUUGAUUUCGACCGCCAAACAAGUCGCCAGUUCUACGGCUCAGCUUCUGAUUGCCUGCAAGGUCAAAUCUGAUCCCAACUCGGAAACAGGCCGAAGGUUGCAAGCUGCGGGUAAUGCAGUUAUCAAAUCUACCGAUAAGCUGGUUCAGGCCGCUCAACAGGCUAUCGAGGGCGAAGAAGAACACACACUUAAGUUGAACCGUAACAUGGUCGACGGAAUGGCUCAGGAAAUCAAUGCCAGGUCUGAAAUCCUUAUGCGAGAACGGCAAUUGGAAGAGGCCAAAAACAAGCUGAUUGCUAUUCGACACGCCAAGUAUCGUCAGAAAUUGGCCGCCGGAUUCGCCACCGAUAGCAGUGACGAAGGAGGAAUUCAGCCACCGUCUUUUGCCGGAUACCAAGCAACCUCACCAAAACCACACACCUUGCCAAAACCUUCGAACUACUCACCAAAUACGGCUGCCACACCUGCGUCGGCCUCCACAACCGGAACUUUCCCUCGCCAGCCGCAAUCAACUACGCCGACUUCUUUCCAAAGAUCCCCGCUGCUCACGGGAAAUGCCAUCCCGAAGCCCUACCAAUCGGAUGCCAUCAAAUCACCCUCGGCCCCGUUAGUCUCGCCUUCGAUCCUCAAUCGAACCUACGAAACGACCCGAGUGGAAAACAGCAACCUCAGCGCCAACAAAUUCAACCGAACGCAAUUCGAUGCGGCAGUCCAAGACCUGCAGAACAAGGUACAACCGCUGAGCACCUUCCGAUCUUCACCUACCCAACAACAACAACAGCAACUGUCCGCCGGCAACAACUACGGAACGGUUGCCUCGACCAUUACAACGACCACCACCAACGGAACGGGCGGACCGCAAAACUAUGAAGGAUUUACGACGAGAUAUGAGACCCGUGUCUACCCGACAACUGCCGGCAACACCACUACUAAUCCAGCCCCUCCUAACAACCUUGUCAAUGUCGAGCAACAGUUUGCUAAACUUAACCUAGAAAACCAGCAUCAGCAGGACCAGCAGCAAAUCCAGCAGCAACUUUUGCAACAGCAGAGCUACCACCAUCAGCAGCAAUUUAGCAGCAGCAGUAGUAGUAACUUUAACAGCCCCCAAGGGCAAAUACAGCAAUAUCGCACCAGCCCACUAAACGCCACUAGCGCCACCACCACCAAUAGUAGCACUCAUCCACAUGUGCUGGCCUCGUCGGCCGGACCCAACAACAGUAGUAUUAACAAUGGUACGAUUAAUCUACUCGACAGUAGCAAAUCCAGUGAACAGCGAAUCCACCAGCAGGGCACCCAAUCGAGCCAGAUCAUAACCAAAAAGAUCCACAUGACCACGUCGUCGUCCUCUACGAUGAAAUCGAGCAGCAGCACCAGCGACUGGAAGUAAACCGUUUCUGCCGAGAGAUGACGCGCUGGUCGCUCGAGGGCAAUCUAGUUCGAAAACAGGUAAGAAGUUGUAAGUUUUGUAGAGAAGGAUAUGUUGUUGUUUUUUAUAAGAGUGUACAGACGAAACGUUCGGCGUUGAUAAUACCAAUUUAAAAAAAGGCGGCAGGGCCAUGCUAAAGUUAGAAACAAAAUCCGAUUGUGCCUGUUUUCCCACAUCUUGGAUUUAUCCAUUGUUGUGCAUUAACACGUUGCGAAAAAAAACGAAAAUCGAUAGCUUCCAUUGUGCGUUAAAAUAAUAUAUUGUUAAUAACGUGUCCUUAGAAAGUAAGAAUUCCCGUAGACAAAAAAAAAAGAAAACCUUAAAACGAAAGCGUUCACCACACACGAAUGUGGAAAAAAUAAAAUAGCAGUGCCUCUAAAGUUGAGUUUUUAUUAUAAAUUUUUGGAAGAAAACAAAAAAUGUACGACAGAUUUAUUUUGAAAAAAAAAACGAAUUAAUCACAAAGUGCCAGAAAUUAAAUAUGUACUGAGAAACUGUUUGAAGUCUUACUCACCCACACAAAAAUGUUUACAAUGCAAAGUUUCAGCACAAUGAUCUAUUUGAAAUGCCAAAUGUUCAUCACCACUUAUGUGCCUGUUCUAUAAGAGAAAAUGUUUUUCAGAGCAUAAACCUUUUAAAAUGAAACAAACGUUCACUAAAUUACUACAAGCACCGUUUGCCUUUUUCGACAAAAAAAACAAAGAAAACAAACUUUUUUAACUGAACAUUUAAGCCAAUGUAUUUCAAUCCAAGUGCCAUUUUCUCUUAAAACUAAAUAAAUUAAAAGUUUUUUCGUAAAGUUUCAACAACAUUAAUAAAUACCUAUCCCUAUUAACUUUAAGUCUACAAUAUAUCUAUUCCAAAUUCCAAAACCGCGCUUCUGAAAAGAGCAUACAUUAACGAGCCAAAUUUGAAACUCAAUCUUCUUAAUACUUACUCUAGUAGCGUCAUCCAAAACAACAUUUAUAUGUACGAACUUAAACCAAACUGUAAAGUACUUUUUUGAACGGCAAAUGUUUCCCUCCAUAUUGCUUAUAGUAAUCAGUACUAUAGAUUAAAAAGCAAAUAAACUCAUUAAAACCGACGAUGACGACGACCGUUAAGAAAUAGCAUUCUCCAUUUGAGAAACCAUUUUUUUUUCUCCUUCUAUUCAGGCUGUUGUUGAUUUAGAGCAGUCCAUUCGUUUUAACUUCUGUAUUUUCGAAACAAAAAAUAAAAUAAAACAUAGUAAUUACAGUUGAAACCAGGCGUGUAUGAAACGAGUAUUGUUUUUUUUUUUAACUUUUGCCCAAACGGAGAACAAGAGCAUAUUUUUACUAGCAUUAUUUUUGUCCGGUUGCGCACAAAACAAAAUAUUUAACAAGAAGCGUAUGUAUUUUUUCUGCAAAUAAUACCUAUUAAAUAACAAAAACGAGUAGAGAACAACAAAAACAAUGAAAUGGUAAACUUAACAAUAGAUUAAUAAUUAUAAUGAGAAAAAAAAUAGAAAGUACACAUAAUGCCGCAAACAAGUAGACGAUUUUAACAAAUAAAAUGCUUUUUAAGUGAA